AAAGUGACCGGCCGAUCACGUGAAAACAUGUCACGUGACUGCCGCGUCCGCAAGCGCCUGCCAACGGGCUACUGGCUCAGCUGAGUUUACUGCAACAGCCGAGGACACCAUGAACACAGCACUGACCUUCUCCAUCCCCUUGUUAUUCAGCUCGUUGGUCUGGAGUGGAUAUCUGGAAUAUGAUCAGGAUGUCCUGAUACCAGAAGACUGGACUCAUGUUGGUCGGGUUGAUCCUACGGAGGAGCUGGAGCUGACCUUUGCCCUGAAGCAGCAGAACGUUGACCUGCUGGAGGAAAAACUCAGACUGGUGUCAGACCCCGACUCAGCUCAAUAUGGUAAACACCUCACCCUGGAGGAGGUCGCCUCCCUUGUGCGUCCAUCUGAACUGACACACAAGGUUGUGCGUCACUGGCUGCAGAGUCAUGGGAUUACAAACUGCCUCACUGUUCGCACCGAGGAUUUUUUACAGUGCACCAUGACUGUAGAGGUUGCAGAGAAGCUGCUUUCAGGAAGCAGUUUCAACCAUUACGUCAGAGACAGACAAUCUGUAGUGAGGUCUUCAGCUCCGUACUCCGUUGAUGAUGAUGUUCACCAGCACGUUGACUUUGUUGGAGGGCUUCAUCGCCUCCCUCCCAAAGGACAAGAGCUCAGUAAAGAGCAAAAGCAGUCUGAGGGAGGGGUGCACCUGGGGGUGACUCCUGCCAUCUUGAGGGCCCGCUAUAACCUGACAGCGGCUGAUGUGGGAACAGCUCAGAACAACAGCCAGGCUGUAGCUCAGUUCCUGGAGCAGUACUAUCACCCAGCAGAUCUGGCCGAGUUCAUGAACAUGUUUGGCAGGAGCUUCCAGCAUCUGUCUCAGGUGGAUCGAGUUGUCGGCACCCAGGGAGGAGGAAAGGCCGGUAUUGAGGCCAGUCUGGAUAUAGAGUACAUCAUGAGCACAGGGGCAAACAUCUCCACUUGGGUCUUCUCCAACCCAGGCCGUCAUGAAUCUCAGGAGCCUUUCCUCCAGUGGAUGGUUCUGCUCAGCAACAUAUCUGACCUGCCCUGGGUUCACACAAUCAGCUAUGGUGAUGAUGAAGACAGCCUGUCUACUGCCUACAUGAAGCGAAUCAACACAGAGUUCAUGAAGGCCGGCGUCAGGGGAAUCUCUUUGCUCUUUGCUUCUGGUGACAGCGGUGCUGGCUGUAAACAUUUGGAUAAAGAACAUAACUCCUUCAGGCCCAGCUUCCCAGCUUCAAGCCCAUAUGUUACUACGGUAGGAGGAACCUCAUUCAAGAACCCUUUUAAGGUCACGUAUGAAGUCACAGAUUACAUCAGUGGAGGAGGCUUCAGCAACGUCUUCAAGAUGCCUGACUACCAGGUCAGUGCAGUGGAGGGGUAUCUGAAGACUGUAGCAGCAACCCUUCCUCCUCAGUCAUACUACAAUAUCAGCGGCAGGGCCUAUCCAGACAUGGCUGCCCUGUCGGACAAUUACUGGGUGGUCAUCAACAGAGUGCCUGUCCCCUGGGUGUCUGGGACCUCGGCGUCAACGCCUGUGGUCGGAGGCAUGCUGUCUCUCAUCAAUGAUCAACGGCUGCUGAAGGGCCUGCCUGCCCUGGGCUUCCUCAACCCUCGCCUCUACAAGCUCAAGGGACAGGCCUUGUUUGACGUGACUGAAGGCUGUCAUCUGGGCUGUCUGGAUGAGCAAGUUCAAGGGAAAGGUUUCUGUGCUGCACCAUCAUGGGACCCUGUUACAGGCUGGGGGACACCAAACUACCCUGCACUCCUAACUACCCUGCUGGCUGAGUGAAAACCUGCAGUUCAAGAGAGCAGGUACUAUACACACAUCCGAACUCUAGUCCAGGUGCCUGAUGCCAAAGACUGCAUGUUGUAAUGGAGGGAAACGAUGCCUACGCUUUAGAUUUAAUCCCCCUCUGUUGCUGUUGAAACACUGAAAUAUUCUAAUCUGCAUUAAUGUUUUUAUCUGUUAUCAUCACCACUUCUAUCAAUUUAAGGAUACACUGCUCCUUUAUCAGCGUAUUUUAUUUUCUUCGAAAGGCUUAAAAGUGUUGCCUUGAAUAUUUUGAGGUCAGGGAUAGUGGUAGUGUGAGAUUUUGAACGCUACACUGCAGUUGCCUGCCUGUUUCUGCUGUUGUGUGCAUUUUAUCUGACCCAGGUUUCUCUGUGAUUCUCUGAAAGAAAACUUACAGCCAGAUGGGUGUUCACGCGAAUCUAAUGCCUUGAAUUUAUGCCACUUAGAUACAAAGCAAUGGGAAGUGUGGACAUACUGGUUGCUAUGCGUAAAACCUAAAUACAUGAAAAUAAAAUAAUGCUAAAAAUACACCUUUCAGAUUACUUAGGCAAAUCUUAUUUUAUUUAGUUUUUAAACAUUAAAACAGUGUUAUAUGUAAGAUGCCAAUCAAAAAUCUAUAUAACGGAUGCAAGGAUUUCACCAGAUCAAGGAAAUUUAGCAUAUAACUAGACAUAGGUUUGGUUUGUAAAUAAGACUGUGAUUGUCACAACAUGUAAAAAUGUCUGUUUUGCCAUACUACUCUGCAGGGAUGAGCUAGGUGCAAAUGUGUAUUUGAAUGCAAAAAGAUUUGCAUGCAAAAGAUUAACAGGACCUUUUUUAAAACUUGAUUUUACUUUGGUUUCUUGAUGUUUGCUCUGUGGGUACGAACUAACCAAAUUGCACUGUCAUGGGUUAAAAUGAUUCAGCAGUUUUACCCACUGGCACUGUUGCACUUGUUUCCUCUUUUAGCCAUGUAAAUCCUCAAAUCAGAUGUAUUUAAUAUGAGAAAGGCUGCCUGUGUUGUGUUAUCUGUGUAUUUUUUAAAGCUGGAUUCUUAAUGUCAGUUGAUUGCUCAGGAUUAUCCUGAUUCAAGUGUGUGUGAAAGCUGAUCUGGAUGCUGCAAUUUUUGUACCAGAUGCCUGAAGAAUAUCUUGUACAAAAUAUCUCUUUAACAGAUGGCAUUAAAAGAAAACAUUUCAUUUA